AGCGGGAUGGCUGAAAUGGUCUUGGGAAGAAUGGGGAGAUUGUGUCAAGGGCCAGAACCUGACUAGAGAUUUCUUUUGCCAGCCUUCAGGUCUGUCCUUCAACAAUGCUUCUGGAAUGUUCUUUUAUGUUUAUCAGUAUUUGGGUGCUAUGUGUGCGAGUGCGAGUGUGUGUGGGGGGACGGGGGGUGAGGACAGGAGCAGAAACCACUGCUUACACCCAUGACUCCAGCAGAUUUGCCAAGCAUUCCCCCAGGGAGAGGAUAGAUGGGAUGCAUAAAAGCAAAUGAGUAUUUUAGAAACCAAGGGACAGAGAAGGUAAAGGUCAGGGUGGGGUGCACUAGGGUUAGGGACAGGGGAGCACAGAGGAAAGGCAGAGUCCUGAUGUGGAUGGAAAGAUCAAUGGAAUGGGACCUGGGAGGGUCUGCAGAGCUGGUGGAUCUGUCUGGAGUGCCCCCUCCCCUCCUGCCACCUGCCAGAUGCAUAGGGAAUGGAUUUGGCGUGGGGUGCACGAGGCCAGGAGUGGAGCGGCAAGAAUGAAGAUAGAAGGAGAGAUGAACAUGUCUGAGAUGUCUUGAACAUUAAACUGUGUUCUUUAUAAAUUCCAUUUUGGAGAGUUCCAAAGCUUCGCAGGGCCCCUCCCUUCCUUUAACAUCAUUUAUGUCUUUGGGCUAAUGUUGUGCUUUUCCAAAUUCAGUAAUAUGAAGGGAUCAAUUCCAAACAAAGCCAAUGUGUUCAUCCAUCUAAAAUCUAGGAGAUGUGUAUGAUCAAAAGAUAGAGCAGCUUAUUUCUAGUCUUUGUGGAACUCAAACUCUAGUUCGGAAACUGAGUUGUUGAACACUAUAAUGAAAGACUCUGUGUGAUAAAACCUGGGAAAAUGUCUUUGCCUUUUAACCAUUUAUUUUUAUCAUCUUCGAUCACUUUUCCUCCUAUCUGACUGAGAUACCUACUUAAGUGGUGGAAGAAACGGUCUCACACUUUUUAAGCUGAGAAAAAUGCAACGUUAGGGGCAUGACUCAGAAAUCAAUGACCCUGGUCCAAAUCCUGGCUUUGUCCCUCCUGGCUGUGAAACCCUGGGCAGGUCACUUAGCCUAAGACUCAGUCUCUACUUCCACCCCAUGGGACUAGGAAUAUAACCUUUGGGCUUUGUCCAUCAGUGCAGCCCCUAGCCCAUGAGAAGCUCUCAAUAAAUGUGAGUUCUAAUAAUUAUUAUAAUUGUGAUUUUUGCAAAGAGACAUUAAAGAAAUAUAUGUGUUUAUUAUUCUCCCUUAUCACCCCAAGUUCCAUCUCAUUUCAGUUUUUAUCAAUCAGUGGACUGCUAAAAGGGCUAUUGCAGACCAUCUUCUCCUCUACAUGCUUUUAUGUCCUCUCUCCUUUUCUCUCUCUAGACAUAUGCUCCCUGUUAUCGCCAUAGUUACUCACUCCUGGCAUCCUUCUUCUUUUGUCCCUUACUCAUCUUUCCUUGGUUCAAAACAGAAACAAGAAACCAGUCUUUCAGUUGGAAGGAAUGUAAAAAACAUAUUUUCCACUCUGUCAUUUUAUAGAAGAGGAAACUGAAGUUGAAGAAUAGUGAAGAAUUUGUCCAAGGUCACACAUAGCCAGUGAUCAGUGGGACCAAAGUUCUCUUGGUGAUACAUCAAGGUGGCAUCAGGAAGUGGUUUAAGAUACACAUUGCAAUGUUAAUGUGACUGUGUUUGUGGGUUUAAUUGUUUCUCUCCACAGGGGCACCUUUUUUUCCAUGGCUCAGGACACACUCCUGGGUCAAGUCAAUAGGAAAACUCUCUGGUAAGUAUUUGACUCACUUUUCAAAACUAAAGAUGGCAACUUGUUAGAGUCUGGUGAUUUUUUUUUUUCCUUUCAAUCUUCUGGGUUUUUGAUAGUUUAGUUCUCUCUGAGGGUAGACUUCUUAAAAGACUUCUAAUCCAUAUGCUGUUUUCACCACCCGAUUUCCCAGUGUGGACCUAUGCCCAAGGACUCUGACCAGGGCUGCAGAUGAGCAUGGCAAGCGUCCGCUGCAAGCUGGCUCGUUACCUGGAGGAUCUGGAAGACGUAGACUUUAAGAAAUUCAAGAUGCACUUAGAAGACUAUCCUAGUCAGAAGGGCUGCACGUCGCUUCCUCGGGGUCAGACAGAGAAAGCAGAUCACGUGGAUAUAGCCACUCUGAUGAUUGAUUUCAAUGGAGAGGAGAAAGCAUGGGCCAUGGCCAAGUGGAUUUUUGCUGCAAUCAACAGGAGAGACCUUUACGAGAAAGCUAAGAGGGAUGAGCCAGAAUGGGACAAUGCAAAUGUUUCUGUGAUAAGCCAGGAGGAAAGCCUUGAAGAGGAGUGGAUGGGUUUACUGGGGUACCUUUCCAGAAUCUCUAUUUGUAAAAAAAAGAAAGAUUACUGUAAGAAGUACAGAAAAUAUGUGAGAAGCAGAUUCCAGUGUAUCAAAGACAGGAAUGCCCGUCUGGGUGAGAGCGUGAACCUCAACAAACGCUUCACCAGGCUACGUCUCAUCAAGGAGCACCGGAGCCAGCAGGAGAGAGAACAUGAGCUCCUGGCCAUUGGUAGGACCUCAGCCAAGAUGCAGGAUGGCCCCGUGAGUUCCGUGAACUUGGAAUUGCUUUUUGAUCCUGAGGACCAACACUCUGAGCCUGUGCACACGGUGGUAUUCCAGGGAGCAGCGGGCAUUGGGAAAACAAUACUGGCCAGGAAGAUCAUGUUGGACUGGGCGUCAGAGGAACUUUACCAGGACAAAUUUGACUAUUUGUUUUACAUUCACUGUCGGGAGGUGAGCCUUGGGAUGCAGAGGAGCCUGGGGGACCUGAUCGCCAGCUGCUGCCCUGGCCCAAACCCACCCAUAGGCAAGAUUGUGAGCAAACCUUCCAGGAUCCUCUUCCUUAUGGAUGGUUUUGAUGAGCUUCAAGGUGCCUUUGAUGAGCGCACAGAAGCACUCUGCACGAACUGGCAGAAGGUAGAGCGGGGAGACAUUCUCCUGAGCAGUCUCAUCAGAAAAAGACUGCUUCCCGAGGCCUCUCUGCUCAUCACCACAAGACCUGUGGCCCUGGAGAAACUUCAGCACUUGCUGGGCCGGGCUCGUCAUGUGGAGAUCCUGGGUUUCUCAGAGGUCAAAAAGAAGGAAUAUUUCUUUAAGUAUUUCUCAGAUGAGCAGCAAGCCAGGGAAGCCUUCAGGCUGAUUCAGGAGAAUGAGAUCCUCUUCACCAUGUGCUUUAUUCCCCUGGUCUGCUGGAUCGUGUGCACGGGGCUGAAACAGCAGAUGGACAGUGGCAAGAGUCUUGCUCGGACAUCCAAGACCACCACUGCAGUGUAUAUCUUCUUCCUCUCCAGUUUGUUGCAGUCCCAAGGAGGGAGCCAGGAGCACCACAACUCUGCCACUCUCUGGGGUCUCUGUUCAUUGGCUGCAGAUGGAAUCUGGAACCAGAAAAUCCUGUUUGAGGAGUGUGAUCUCAGGAAUCAUGGCCUGCAGAAGGCAGAUGUGUCUGCUUUCUUGAGGAUGAACCUAUUCCAAAAGGAAGUGGACUGUGAGAAAUUCUACAGCUUCAUCCACAUGACCUUCCAGGAGUUCUUUGCUGCCAUGUACUAUCUGCUGGAAGAGGAGAAUCAGGGGGAGAUGAGGAACAUGCAGCAGAGUAGUUUGAAGCUUCCCAACCGAGAUGUGACGGUCCUUCUCGAAAACUACGGCAAGUUUGAAAAAGGGUAUCUGAUUUUUGUUGUCCGUUUUCUCUUUGGCCUUAUAAACCAGGAGAGAACCUCCUACUUGGAGAAAAAACUGAGUUGCAAGAUCUCUCAGAAAAUCAGGCUGGAGUUGCUAAAAUGGAUUGAAGCAAAAGCCAAGGCCAAGAUGCUACAGAUUGAGCCCAGCCAGCUGGAAUUGUUCUACUGUUUGUAUGAGAUGCAGGAGGAGGACUUUGUGCAAAGGGCCAUGGGCUAUUUCCCCAAAAUUGAGAUCAAGCUCUCCACGAGAAUGGACCAUGUGGUUUCUUCUUUUUGUAUUGAGAACUGUCACCACAUGGAAUCACUUUCCCUGAGAUUGCUCCAUAACUCAUCCAAGGAGGAGGAAGAGGAAGAGGAGGAGGAGAAAGAGGAGGAAGUUCAACACUCUGAUGUGAACGAUUGUGUCCUCUCUGAUCCUCAUGUUGCAUAUUCUCAGCGAUUGGUGAACUAUCUCACUUCCAGCAUUUGCAGGGGCAUCUUCUCAGUCCUGAGCGAUAACUGGAACCUCACUGAAUUGAACCUCAGUGGCAAUACUCUGGGGGACCCAGGGAUGAAGGUACUAUGUGAAACACUCCAGCAACCUGGAUGUAACAUUCGCAGAUUGUGGUUGGGGCAGUGUUGCCUUUCCCAUCAGUGCUGCUUCAACAUCUCCUCGGUCUUGAGCAACAAUCAGAAGCUGGUGGAACUGGAUCUGAGCCACAAUGCCCUGGGAGACUUUGGAAUCAGACUUUUGUGUGUGGGACUGAGGCAUCUAUUUUGCAAUCUGAAGAAGCUCUGGUUGGUCAGUUGCUGUCUCACAUCGGUGUGUUGUGAUGAUCUCGCAUCUGUUCUGAGCACCAACCAUUCCCUGACCAGACUCUACUUGGGAGAAAAUGCUCUGGGAGACUCAGGAGUUGGAAUUUUAUGUGAAAAAGCAAAGAAUCCACAAUGUAACCUGCAGAAACUGGGGUUGGUGAAUUCUGGCAUUACAUCAGGUGGUUGUGUAGCUCUGUGCUCGGUGCUCAGCACAAACAAGAAUCUCACACACCUUUACCUACGGGGCAAUGCUCUUGGAGACGUGGGGGUCAAGCUACUCUGUAAGGGACUCUUACAUGCCCACUGCAAGCUUCAGGUGUUGGAAUUAGACAACUGCAGCCUCACGUCACACUGCUGCUGGGGUCUUUCCACACUUCUGACUUCUAACCAGAGCCUGCGAAAGUUGAGCCUAGGUAACAAUGACCUGGGUGAUCUGGGGGUCAUGCUACUCUGUGAAGUGCUGAAACAGCAGGGCUGCCUCCUGAAAUGCCUGAAGUUGUGUGGAAUGUAUUUCAAUUAUGAUACAAAACGUGCGUUAGAAACACUUCAAGAAGAAAAGCCUGAGUUGACCAUUGUCUUUGAGCCUGCUCGGUAGUGGUGGAAGCAGGGCUGCCAGACGCCAAGGUUCUUUGCCUCCCCUGCCAUCUAGGUGUGGAUAAGUGGUAGUGAAUACUCCUCCAGCAGGGUUAAGACCACCACACUGUGAUUCUUCUGGUCCAGUGAGGAAGAGUGGAAGCUUGCUGAUGGUGCCUUUGCCUAGAGGAUGUGAGCAUCUCCUUUACCUCUGGGUUGAAGACACCAGGGCACUAAAGUCAUCAAACAACACAGGUCUCACCAUACUGCCUCAGUCAGAGGAUGUGUUCCUCUUGGUGACCUCAUGUAACUAACUCAUUCAAUAAAGCACUUUUUCUUUCUUUUCCUCUUUUUGCUCUAGCUCUCCUUUCCCUCAUAUCUUGGCCCCCCCCCCCCUUUUUGGUUACUUUUGACUGUAUCAUUCCUCCUGCCAUCUUUCUCUUAACUGACCGGAACAGAAUGAGUUAACUGUAUAUUAUGUUGCAAUUUUGUGGCGGCAACUUAUUUAUUUUUAAUCUUUGAACAGUUAUAUUUUCUAAUAAAAUAAUUCAUUUUAUUGUAUUGUAGCUGGUUGAAAAUUUGGAAAAUAGAAAAACUUUAUUGUA